AUUUAUAAUUAAGUUGAGUCCGCUUGUGAAUGUCCAUUAGCAAAGCUUAAUUAAUGGGAAUCAAUUUCUCUAUCAUUAAUCAGCUGUUACUAAUGCGGCCGUUCGUCACGAAAGACGUCACGGCCGGCCAGCGGCUCCAUUCGCGUAUAAAUGAAGAAGAAGCAUAAGCGGCAGCAUUAAUUUCAAGGGCUUGUUCGAAGGAGGCGUUGCAGAAUUCAUGGAUGAUCUUCGAGUCCUUCUCGUGACUUUUCCGGCCCAAGGCUUCAUCAACCCAUCUCUCCAAUUGGCCAAGCGCCUCGCCGCGAUGGGCCUCACCGUCACUUUCGUCACCGCCGCCUCCGCCCUCAACCGCAUGGCCAAAGCCACCGCCACUCCUACGACGGGCUUGACCUUCGCCCCCUUCUCAGACACCGACUUGGAUCUCGACGGCGAUUUAGAAACCUACGUGACUGAGCUCCGGCGUCCGGGGUCGGAGGCCGUGGCCGAGAUCAUCACAUCCGUCGCCGGGAGCGGCCAGCCUUUUAACCUCGUCGUCUACACCUUUCUCCUCCCAUGGGUGGGCCAAAUCGCCGGUUCUCUUAAUCUUCCGUCGAUAUUUCUCUGGGUUCAACCCGCUGCCCUCUUUGGCCUUUACUACCAUUACUUGAACGGCUACGGGGACGCCAUUAGAGAGAUUAUCAGUGACCCUUCACUGUUCGUCGACUUGCCAGGAUUACCUCGCCUCCAUAACCGCGAUCUUCCCUCUUUCAUACUCGCUUCAAACGUCAAUAGUUCACCAGGUCCACAACUUCGAGAGCAUCUAGAUGUUGUUGCCACAGAAAGAAACCCUAAAAUUCUUGUCAACUCAUUCGAUGCAUUGGAACCGGAGGCGCUCAGAGUAAUCGAGAACAUCAACUUGGUCGCCGUCGGACCGUUAAUCCCGUCGGCUUUCUUGGAUGGCAAGGAUCCGUCUGACACUUCAUUUGGAGGAGACCUCUUUCAAAAUAAAUUUGAAAACUGCAUGGAAUGGCUGAAUUCAAAGCCGAAGGAAUCCGUUGUUUACGUGUCGUUCGGAAGCAUCGUGGUUCUAUCGGAUAAGCAGAAGGAGGAACUUGCUGGAGGGCUGCUGGAGAGCCGCCGGCCGUUCUUGUGGGUGAUGAGAGGAUCGGAAAAAGGCGAGAAGCUGAGCAGAAAGGAGGAAUUGGAAGAGCAUGGGAUGAUGGUGCCAUGGUGUUCCCAGGUGGAGGUUCUGCAACACCCAUCGCUGGGAUGCUUCGUCAGCCACUGCGGCUGGAAUUCAGCCGUUGAGAGCUUGGUUUCCGGCGUCCCGGUUGUGGGUUUUCCACAGUCGUACGACCAGGCGACGAACGCGAAGCUUGUUGAAGAUGUUUGGAUGACGGGAAAAACAGUGGGAAAGAAGGAGGAAGGGGUAGCUGAAAGCGGGGAGAUCAAGAGAUGCAUAGAAAUGGUGAUGGAAGGUGAGGAGAUGAGAAGGAAUGCCAAGAAGUGGAAAGAUUUGGCUAAGGAAGCUGCCAUAGAAGGUGGGUCGUCGGACUUGAAUCUCAAAGCGUUUGUCGCCCAUGUGAAGGCUGAGAUUCGAGGCUGAAUCAUUUUCCCGGAAAAUGGCUGAGAAUUUCUUCUCGUUUUGCUUGGAAAUUUUCGUGGAAAAAUAAAUGUCGUUUAAGGCUAUGUUUGUUGAGUUAUGCUAUUCGGCGAGCCUCAAUGCCACCCUCAAUGCGAGGUCAAGAUAUAUCGCGAUAUAUUGCGAUAUAUCGCGAACAAAACAGCAGCCCUCCCCCCUGCGAAAUUCAAAUUUCUGAAACCUCUCUUUCUCUCUCUCUCUCCCUCCUUCCCUCUCCCUUCCCCUUCCAGCCGUGCCUUCUUCCCCUUCCGGCCGUGAAUGCGGAGUUCGUCCCUCUCCCUUCUUCCCCUUCCGGUCGUGCCUUCUUCCCCUUCAGCCAUUAAUGCGGAGUUCGUUUGGCUCGUUCCAGCUCUCUCGAUUGCAACCACGUACUCCUUCCGGCCGUGAACGUACUCAUCUCUGUCUCUCUCUCUCUCUAUUGGCCGUGCGACCAAGCCUCCUCCAUUGCAGCGGAAGCCGAGUCUCCUCCAUUGCAGCAAGUUCGACAUCUCUCUCAAGAGCUAUGUAAAUCACUGAUUUUGGGUAUUCCAACCGUCUGAUCUUCGAUCCGAGCUUAUUUUCACCGUGAAAGUGGCACCGAUCUACAAGGAGGCAUUCUCCGAACCAAACUGUUGUUGCCGAGAAUCCUAUGUAGGUUGAUGAAAGUGGCAAAUUGAAUUCAACGGCCGUCGACUGAUAUAAUUAUGAAAUUUGUAGGUGAGCAAUGUUGUUGUUGGAGUGACUACAGAGAAGAAGUGAUCCGACUAAGUUCACAUUUGCCUUGUGGAAUACCAAUCCGUAGAUAUUAGUUCAAGAUUAUUGUGUCCUUUAGGAGUGAAGAUGGAUAUGGAGAUACAUUGUGCAUAUAAGAGUGAAAUUGGCAUUACAACAGUGCAGAUAUGUGAGGGUCUUAAAGAAAUCGAACUGAUUGAUUUGUACUGAGAGGACAAGAAUGGGAAAUAGAUGACAUUUGUGGCGUUUGUGUGAUGUUAUAUCGGAUAAUUGUUUGCAGUAUAUGUGUUUCUAGUUGUACU